GAACAAGAAAUCCCAGCUCCGUUCGAUCUCGUCCCCCUCUCCCCCCUCCUCUUUGGUUUCUCCCCAUUCUCCGAAUCUUUGAUAUAUUCGUCCGUAUAUCUAGGGUUUCGAUUACGGUCCCUCUACGAUCCUGAUCGAUCCCCAAAUCGGAGGACCCUUAUCCGUAGAUACCCGCAGGGUCUGGGAUUUCAUUUCGAUUUUGGAAGGAGAUCGAUGCGAUUGUAGGGGGCGUGUGUGAGAUUCGUCUCUCUCCGGCUGUGCGCGAUUGCAGAGCGUGAUCAUGGCGCAGGGCACUUGGGAAGCGGAUAAGAUGCUCGAUGUGUACAUUUACGAUUACCUGUUGAAGAGGAAUUUGCAAGCGACCGCGAAAUCGUUCAUGGCCGAGGGGAAGGUUGCCACAGAUCCAGUAGCUAUUGACGCGCCUGGAGGAUUCCUCUUUGAGUGGUGGUCUGUGUUUUGGGACAUAUUCAUUGCAAGAACUAACGGAAAGCACUCAGAGGUUGCGUCAGCAUACCUAGAGGUACAACAAUUGAAAACAAGGGAGCAGCAGCAACUGCAGAUGCAGCAGCUGCAGCUCAUGAAUCAACGACAUCCACAGAUUCACCGAAGAGAUGUGAACCAUCCAGCUAUUAAUGGUGUAAUAAAUUCCAUAAAUUCCGAUGCUAUUUUAGCGUCGCCGACAGCUAGUGUUUUGGCUGCUAAGAUUUAUGAAGAACGUAUGAAGCAUCCGAAUUCAAUGGAUUCUGAGGCAUCUUCACAAAUACUUGAUGCUAGUAGGCUUAACCUUCUGAAAUCAGCAGCCAGCCCUGGGCAAUUAGUCCAAGGUAAUUCAUUGAAUGUCUCACCUUUGCAGCUUAUUCAGGCACGAAAUCAGCAAUCAACUGAGAUCAAAAAUGAGUUGGGUGUACCUCAAAGAUCUUUGCCAAUGGAUGCAUCUUCAUUGUACGGUCAGAGCAUCAUGCAGGGAAAAUCUGGAUUAGCAGGUGCUGGAUUGAACCAAGGUGUGAGUGGCCCGUUAAAAGGCUGGCCUUUAACAACAGGUAUUGACCCAUUACGGCAAAAUCUAGGUAUACAAAAGCCGCUUAUAUCUUCUCAGACUCAGUUCCAAGUUUUCCCUCAACAUCAACAACAACAGCAACAACUGUUAGCACAAGCGCAAGCUCACAACAACCUUGGUAUCCCACCUAACUAUGGCGACAUUGAUACUGGAAGAUUUAGGGGAUUGCCUAGGAGUAGCUUGAGUGGUAAAGACGGUCAACCCAACGGGAAUGACGGAUCAAUUGGUUCUCCAAUUCAAGCCAAUUCGCCCAAAAUUAGGCCAGAUCAAGCUGAGUAUGUAAUGAAGAAUACAAGGAAAAGAAAGCCUACUUCUUCUGGGGCUGCUAAUAGUACUGGUACGGGAAAUACCCUGGGACCUUCUUCUCCAUCAACCCCAUCCACGCAUACCCCUGGUGAUGGAGUUCCAAUGGCUGGUAACUUGCAAAAUCUGAGCAUUAUGCCGAAAACUUCGAUGUUCACUGAUGGAGCUGGAAUUGCUUCAUCUUCAAAUCAGAUGGCUGACCUGGAGCCUUUUGGGGAUGUUGGUUCUUUCGAUGAAAAUGUGGAAUCAUUUCUGUCGAAUGACGAUGGAGACGGAAGAGACAUAUUCGCUGCGCUGAAAAGAAGUCCUGCUGAGCACAAUUCGGAAUCUCUAAAGGGUUUUACCCUUAAUGAGGUUGAUUGUCUCCGUGCUAGCAACAGCAAAGUUGUUUGCUGUCAUUUCUCUUCUGAUGGGAAAUUGCUAGCUAGUGCUGGGCAUGAGAAGAAGGUUUUUCUCUGGAAUAUGGACACUCGACAAGUGGAGACCAAAAGCGAAGAACACUCUAAUUUCAUCACAGAUAUUCGCUUUAAGCCAAAUUCAACCCAGCUGGCAACAUCUUCUUCUGAUGGAACUGUACGACUAUGGAAUGCAGCGGACCAAAGCGGUUCUUUACAGACUUUUUCUGGGCAUAGCUCUCAAGUGACCUCGGUAGAUUUUCAUCCCAAGAUGACACAGAUUCUUUGCUCCUGCGAUGACAAUGGCGAGAUCCGUCUUUGGACCAUUGGCCAGAAUGCGCCCACACGAAUUUAUAGGGGUGGUAGGGGAAAAGUAAGAUUUCAGCCUCGAAUCGGACAACUGCUUGCUGCAGCGGCUGAAAAUGUAGUGAACCUUUUCAAUGUUGAAGCAGAUAUAAAGACCCAAUCUUUGAAGGGUCACAACAAUGAGGUACUUUCUGUCUGUUGGGAUGAAUCUGGUGACUUUCUAGCAUCUGUUAGCCAGGACACAGUGAAAAUCUGGUCUGUGACACAAGGGCAAUGCAUUGAUGAGCUAAGCUCCAAUGGAAAUCAGUUCCAUUCUUGCGUGUUCCAUCCAAAAUAUCCCAAAUUCUUGGUUAUCGGAGGCUAUCAGUCUCUGGAGCUAUGGAACAUUGGAGAGAACCAUAGAAUGUCGAUCCAGGCUCACGAAGGCUUAAUUGCUGCUUUGGCACAAUCACCCUUCACUGGGUUCGUCGCUUCUGCAAGCCAUGACAGAUUGGUGAAGAUCUGGAAAUAAAUAGUAAAUGCCGAACCUCUUCUUCCUCUUGUUGCGAGCUCAUAAAAACAUCGAAAAAAAACAGAGGAAAAAUAGGUGGUGAAAUCGCGGUCGAUUUCUGCAUACUUUGCAUUUUUCUGGUGGCAGCAGAACAGGAAGCUUGGUAUAAGUUUGCCGUGCAAGUCAAGCAAAUGUUUAGAUGCUCAAGGGUGAAGGUUUUCAAAUUUCUAACUACGGCAGUCGCAGCGUAGUGUGGGAGUGCGCGAGUCAUAUAUCAUAUAGGAAAGUGGGGAAGAGUAAUGUUCAAUUGAACCUUCUCCUAUUAAAUUUCUUUUCUUAACUACAUUCGUGCUGAUGUAUACGAGAGAUUAUUUUCGCAGUUUGUGUAGAAUGAUACCGAUUUAGCGAACCAAUAAUUGGAUGAUAGUGGCGCUUAUAGGCUUUUGUUUUUUGCUUGUGCUCUCGCUGCAGAUGCUGCCUUUUUAGUCCAUAAUAAAUUACAUGCAUAUCUAACAUCGUUUUUUUA